AUGAAAUCUGUUACUUUGGUUGUGGUUUCUUGUGUUUUCAUGUUUUUGGUGAUGCAUAAUGCUAAAGUGGAGGCAAAAGACCGAGCACCUCUACUUGUUGAGUUUGUUCCAGGAACGUACUGCUACAGAGAUCCUGCUACGGCUUCUUCUCAAUGCCGAAUUGAAACGAAUGAUAAAUACUAUACAAAUUGCUAUUGUAGAAAUGUAGCAGGUGGACAUGAUUGUUCAUGUUAUCAUUAAUAAUUUUAUUUUAUAUGAUUUACCGAAUGUCACGAACUUAAAUGUAUUUUAAUAAAAUUUUACAUAUUUAAUUUGUGUUGUGGUUAUGAAUUUUGUUUUUACGCAUAUAAUAAAGCCAACGAUAAUUACAUGCACAUACUUUGGUUAAAUAUAUAUAUCAUAGGCGAUAAAUCACAUGCACACACAUGUGAAUUUCUUGAACAUGUAUCAACGCAUCCUCUAUUGUUUUAUGUUAAUAUGCAAGUCUCAUAUUUCCUUCAUGUUUUGGGUUAUAUUAAUUUCGGCUAUUCCUUUCAACCUACAAAACCUCUCCUGACGUUGUAACCGCAAUGCUAGAAAGCAUUGGGAAUGGUUUACCAUCGGUGAUGUCCUUGAAAAAACCUUGUUGUCCAGACAGAACUAGGACUCGAACAUAUAUAACGUAGACUUGUUGAGAUAUAAACACGGUAACCCCGUAGUACCAUAUAGGUUAAGCCAUCCAACCAGUGGGAUUCAAUAUGAGGAGUGUCCCCUUUCUUGCGAAAGCUCAUAUAAGCAUGGCCAGGGAGGUAGAAGAACCAACCAAAUUACAACAUACUCUUUUCCACUCUCGUCAGACACCACCAAAAGUCCCCUCACGACAUCAGAUCCUUAGCGCAGGGCGUCGAAAAUACUGUCACGUACUGUCGUAGGUUCAUGACAUUUUUCUGAUUUUUUCUGGUUUUAAGAUUACUGAUUAUUAGCUUUAAACCCAAACCUAAAAACUAUCUAGUGUUCGGAUCGCAGAUUAACCAGUUAAACCGAUCAGACCUUUUCAAAA